AGUUUGAACUCGAGCUGCUGCGCGCUCAGCAAGCACAGCAAAGGCUCCUCCUGUCUGUAGAUCCCCCACAACCCCGAGGGGGUCUCUACCGUCUGUCGUCACCCUGCUAGCCGCUCCAGUGUCCCCGCUGUGGCGUGUGAAACAUGCUGGGCGCUGUGAAAAUGGAAGGACACGAGACUGGACACCCGGACUGGAGCGCCUAUUACGCAGAGCCAGAGUGCUACACCACCGUUGGACCUAUGGGUAGUGGACUGGGGAUGACCUCAGUGGGCUCUUAUAUGGGCGUCCAGGGUCUAAGCUGUGCUGCCAGCUCCAUGAACUCCAUGUCUUAUGUGAACUCUGGAGUGAGCCACCCAGUUUCGGGUGGUUCCCCAGGUUCCAUGGGGGCCAAUCUGAACCCCAGCAUGAGCCCCAUGAGUGGUGGGUCACCGACAUCCAUGAACGCCCUGGCCUCCUACUCCAGCAUGAACAUGGUCAGUCCAGUUUAUGGCCAGGCCAACAGGUCGAGGGACCCCAAGACGUACCGGAGGAGCUACACUCAUGCAAAACCUCCCUAUUCGUACAUCUCCCUGAUCACCAUGGCCAUCCAGCAGUCUACUUCAAAGAUGCUGACAUUAAGUGAGAUCUAUCAGUGGAUCAUGGACCUGUUCCCCUUUUACAGACAGAACCAACAGCGCUGGCAAAACUCCAUCCGCCACUCACUGUCCUUCAACGACUGCUUUCUCAAGGUGCCCAGGUCACCGGACAAGCCAGGCAAAGGCUCCUUCUGGACAUUGCACCCAGAUUCAGGCAACAUGUUCGAAAAUGGGUGCUACCUGAGGAGACAGAAGCGCUUCAAGUGCGACAAGCAGUCCGACAAGGAGUCCUGCGGGAAAGAAAGUGAAGGUUCUAAAGGUUCUCCUCAACCCAGCACGCCCACCAAAGAACAUAAAGGGUCCGAUGUCAAAGCUAGGGCGGCUUUGAGUCCGGAACAACCAGAGUCGCCUGUUCCUCAGCAUCUUCAGCACCAGCAUCAUGUUCCUCAUCCUCAGCAUCUUCAUCUUCCUCACCUUCAUCCUCUCUCUCAGCACCACCAGGUUCAUCCCCAUGAGGUACCACUCAAACCUGAGCAUCACUACUCCUUCAACCACCCCUUCUCCAUCACCAACCUCAUGUCUUCUGAGCAGCAGCACCACAGAAUGGAGCUGAAGAGCUAUGAGCAGGUCAUGCAGCACUCGGGCUAUGGGUCACCACUGUCCACUUCACUUUCCCUGGCCAAAAGCAGUAUGGAGACCCCUAAUCUGCCCUCUGAAGCUCCUUACUACCAAGGUCUGUAUUCCAGGCCCAUCAUGAACUCCUCUUAGCCCUCCAUUCCCUGCUGGACUUCAGCUUCUCCUUUGUGGCCUGUUGUACAUUUCAUCAAAGCUCCUGUUUAAGAUCACAUGCUCAGACUUUUCAGACUCUUCAGGCUCUUCAGACUAAAGAGACGCCUUUUCUCUGUGUUCUGUUGAUGCUGUAAUUUAUGUAAUUGUGAAUAUUAAUGUAGUAAAGUCAUUAUUAAAUUUGGCACUGAA